UAGGGAGAAGCAAGUGGAGGGAGGAGAAGAAGAAGAAGGGGGUGGGGGGGUUACUGGCGGACACGCUGCCUUGUCUCUGCUUUAUCGGCCAACCACUGAUGAUCUCGGAGUGAUCUCUGGACCCUCUCACGUUGAGCAACAGCAGCUUGAAGGGAUCAUUGAGACACAAAGGCAGGCAAGGGGAAGACAUGUAAAUGAAGAGAAGGGGAAAAAAACGCAUCUGCAGGCGUGACUCGUGACAGCGCGGCGCGGCGGACGGCAAAAUCAGCGGCGGCACUUGUUCACUUUUAGAUGGGAGCGCUCGGAGAGGCACAGCGGUGGAAACAACUUGUGAUUUAAGGCUUUGGGGAGGAGUAUGAAAGGUUCCAGGGCAAAGGGUGGGGUGGUGGGCUUCAGAGGCAAAGGGGUCUGGCCAAGAAAGUAAUUGUGGUAACAGGCUGUGGAAGGGGACAAGGACUCAUGUGAGACGCAGAGGAAUUAGACGGGGGAAAGAUACUGAGCAAAGAAAGUGGACUUCGACAUGGGUGUGAAGAGCAAGGCUGCCUUGGCUAUCUUAGUCCUGGUGCUCUUCCUUGGCACUCUCUGGCUCUAUGGACGUUUGGAUUACCACUGGGAUGCUUGUCUAAAAGGUUACAAACAAGUGAACGAGCCACACCUGCUGUUCAACAGCAGUGCCUCCGAAGUGUCCAAGGACCCCAAAGUCCUGAAGGAGUGCCCCGGACAGAUCUUCCAGGUGUCACUGCUACUCACCCAUCUGCUGGCGUCGCCGGCUUUCACAUCUGACGUACUGCUGCAGCCUUAUCUGUCCAGCUGGGAUGAGCUUGUGAAGUUUAUGGAGGCUUUAGGCCCCAUGGUUGGCCUUAUAUCGAAAGAGAUUGAAACCAAAACCUCAAUUAUCCGGGAAUUGGCCCUUCGAGCCGAGGCGAGCCCCGAGGCAGAGGUGUAUCCAGAUCCUGAAAACACAGGGAGCCCGGAGGCUGGAGCGAAGAACUUAGACCCCUCAGAGCAUUCCGGUGCUUACCACUCCGUGCGUUCCAUGAUCUGGGUGGAGUUGAAACGAGGCUUAGUGGACUUCAACCGCCAGACGGACUCCGGAUGUCGGACUCUUCUGCGACUGCACCGAGCCCUGCUUUGGCUCAAGCUCUUUCUCGACAAGCUGUCCGAGAUCCCCGUGGCGGGCCGGCUCAGGAGCCCAUCUGAGUUGUGCCGCGAGGCCUACAAGACCACCCUGGCCAAGCACCACACCUGGUUUGUGCGCAGGGCUGCCGAGGUGGCCUUCAUCGCCAUGCCCGAGAGGGAAUUUUUCUUCAGGCUGUUGUGUGUGCAGAACCAGGAGGAGCUGAGCACAGUCCUGGGACGGGUGGUUCAGGCCCUUGGAGUUGUCUAUGACAGGACGCAGAAAGCUCUGGAGGAAAACGGCAUGCUGGAUUUGCCAUAAAAGAAAACAUUGCCGAUCACACAGAAUCAUUUCUUGUUACCGCAUUGCCCACUGUGGAUUCUCGGGCAUCGAAAGUGGUGAAAAUGUGAAUGAACUUUCAGUAUUACAACUCAAAUUGCCAUUCAUAUUUUCCUUCCAAACACAGGGCAGUCAAUUGUUGAAAAUGUUUUUUGGUACUAGAUCUGUAAAUUCACCAAAAAGAAUGUUUCCAUGGAGGCUUUUUAAAGGUCAAAGUCAAGUCAAAAAUCUUUUUGAUAUGUUUCUAUUAGCCCCCACGAGUCAAAACAUAAUAGUCUCAUUUAGAUUGCGUUUGUAGUAACUGAACGUGUAAAAAUCCACGUGAGUAUGAAUAGUCACUCAUAAUUCACUUCCAUAUUCUCAAAAUCAAUCUUGAUGGGUGAAGUAAGAUGUCGCUUAUGACAGAGGCCACCCCUUGAUUUUCACCAACAUUUGUCAGAUAAUUUGACAAAUCCACCUGACGGCCCGAGUGAACAACUAACAUGGCUCAUCUGUUUUUCUGGGUUUGGUCAUGUGAUGUUCACACCCUGAUCCUUUGGCCACUGUCAUAUGUCAUUUUCAGUCCACAGCAAGUUGCAAAAUAGCUGCCCCCUGAGAUGCAUAAAAAAGGGUGGAUGUUAUGCUUCAAUUAUUUUCCACAAAUGCAAUUUUAAUCCGAAUGGGGGGUUUAGACGAGUGAGGGUGCACAGUAGAAUAUAUUAUGGUGAAGAAAAAAAAUGGACUUGACUAUGGCAGCUAAUGAUGCAUUUGACCUUUGGGCUUGACAAGAGAAGCUGAUGGAAGUGCCUUAAUAUUGCAUUCAUUCUAAUGGCCAGCAGGGGGCUACACCACAGGUAGCAAACUUCCCUCAA